CAUGCAGACCUCUUCCAGGACUUGAGCCAGUUCCAGGAGACUUGGCUGACAGAAGCUCAGGUUCCAGACAGCGAUGAGCAAUUCGUGCCUGACUUUCACUCAGAAAACUUAGCUUUUCACAGUCCUCCUGCUAAGAUUAAAAAGGAGCCACAGAGUCCCUCCUCGGACCCCACGCUGUCCUGCAACCACAAGCAGCCAUUCCCGUACCGCAAUGGGGAGCAGUGCCUUUACGCCAGUGCCUAUGAUCAACCCGGACAAGCUGGAAUCAUGUCCCCCAACGCAGGAACCCCGACACAGCCACCACUCCAACAGCUCCCCAGACAGGACAGGAGCCACCUGACCCCUGCGGGGCCACCGCACCCCACACCCGGCUGUGGAUACCUCAACUCUUCUAGCGCUGCGUACCAGCCGCCUGGGGAGAUGUGCCGUUCCUUCCCCUCCUCCCAGGGCAUGGCCCCAGAAGACCGCAUUGCCCCCCAGCAUCAGAUGUCUGAGCCCUGCCUCCAGUACCCUCACCAGGGCUUCAAACAGGAGUACCAUGACCGGCAGUACGAGCAAGCCAGCCGGGCAGGCAGCAGCCGUCAGUACGCAGCGGCUGUGGUGGUCAAGCAGGAGCAGGUGGACUACGUGUACGACCCAGAUGUUCCUGGCUGUCCUUCCAUGUACAUAAAUGUUGAGAGUUAUCCAAGCCAUUCAAACACAGAAGAUACACUAGGCUGCAGCUAUGACAAGCAGAUGAGGCCCUUUACAGAUGAUGUCUGUGUUGUUCCAGAAAAAUUUGAAGGUUGGAGAAAGAAUGAAGCCGGAGGGUACCGGGAAGGACCUCCAUACCAGAGACGGGGAUCUCUCCAGCUCUGGCAAUUUCUUGUGGCUUUACUGGACGAUCCAACCAACUCCCACUUCAUUGCCUGGACUGGUAGAGGGAUGGAGUUCAAGCUCAUUGAGCCAGAAGAGGUAGCCAGGCUGUGGGGUAUCCAAAAGAACCGUCCAGCCAUGAACUACGACAAGCUGAGCCGAUCCCUUCGCUACUAUUAUGAGAAAGGCAUCAUGCAGAAGGUGGCUGGAGAGCGCUAUGUGUACAAGUUUGUGUGUGAGCCUGAAGCCUUGUUCUCUCUGGCCUUCCCCGACAACCAGCGGCCGGCGCUGAAGGCAGAAUUUGACCGGCAGAUCAGUGAAGAGGACACAGUGCCUCUGUCUCACCUGGAUGAGAAUGUUACUUACGUGCCGGACCUUGGGAGCCUCCCUCCACAGCUGUACAGCAAGGGCUACACCUACUAG